CAAAAGACUCGGCGGGAAUCCCCCACUCGUUUUUGGCAGGCCUGGAACAUUGUUUCCACGUAAAUGUAGGUUGUGGGGUACAGGCAUGUCUGGAUAAGUCUCGAUGUGAUCUGGUCCUAACGAUGUGUGCGCCAUGUUCUACUGAUAAUGCUGCAUAAUGAGAUGCGAUUAACAUUUCUCUGCCCCCUAUGAUAGACUGAUCUGCAGCAUAACAACGGAAACAUAUCAUCAUGGGCCCUUCUCAGGAUCUCCCAUCCCUACCGUCGAGUUCUGGAUCAGUCGAGGUGCAAAUGCUCGAUGGUGGGAGCUUUUCAGCCAACUAUGCCAUGGUUCAUGCGGAUACGGCCUCCAGCCCAUUUCGAUGCCACUCAUGGGUUUUCUACAUACACCACAAACCUAGCGGACGCCAUGUACUAUGGGAUGUUGGUCUCAGCGGGGACCAUUCCUUAUUCACGGCGUGGAACGUAAAGCAUAACCUGGACAUCCUCCAUCCGGUGUCAGCGAGAGUCUCUCUUCCGGGCCAGCUGAAGAAGAGAGGUCUUGAAUCGGACAAGAUAGACACGGUUCUCUUCAGUCACGCCCACUGGGACCAUUGUCGGCCAGUGAGAGGGAUGUUCCCAAAUGCAACAGGCUACUUUGGCCCCGGGACUUUUGAAUACUGCUCACCAGGCCGGUUUCCCGACGAGCCAUACGACACCAAAGGAAAAUGGGACGCGAACUUCUUCGACCCUGAACGGGCGACCGAGAAAGCGGAAGAGCUAAAAGGCGAAUGGCAACCAUUUGGUCCAUUUCCGAAGGCUCUCGACUUUUUCGGUGACGGUAGUCUCUGGAUUCUUCAGGCCCCCGGGCACAUGGUCGGCAAUCUGGCUGCUGCUGCAAGGCUUGCCAAUGGUGAAUGGGUGAUUUUGGGUAGUGAUUGCUGCCACUCAAAGGCCCUCGUGGACGGCACUUUCGACUUCAAAACAUGGCUCAACUCGUCGGGCCACACCGAGAGCCUCCACGAAGAUCUAGAUGCCGCCAAAGGGACAGCGAAGAGACUUAGAUCUCUCGAGGUGGAUUACGGCUGUCACAUCGCCCUGGCACACGACAGCACGUGGAUGCUCGCUGGGAAGGACAAAGUGUUGAUGUCGCUCCUCGACGACGACUUGCGAGACUUUGCCAGGUCCAGGCUGCUUACAGGUGGCAGUCCUUGA